AUGUCAACUGUAGAUGCUUCUUAUUACAAUGAAAAAAACCGUCGAUGGACCCGGUUUGGCACAUCUUAUAUUAAACGACUUAUGAAGAACAGUCCAUGUCCGACAGAUGCCGAAAAAGAAAAGAUCCAGCGUGAUACCGAACUUUCACUUAAAAUCAUAAAUCGCAAAACUUGUACAACACAGUCGAAGAAACAAAAGAAGAUCGUCGCUAUUGAAGUUAACGAAGAAAAACGUUGCGCUGGUCAACACUUCCUUCAUAUUAUUAGUACCAACGAUGUUAUUAGAUUAUAUGAUAGUAUGGUCGAAAAGGAUAAUUAUAUUAAAUUCAUUAUUUCUGAUCAUGCUACACCAAGAUUAACAAAAAAACAAAUUGAAAUUAUGACUGGUACCAAACCACAUGACGGUCCUUAUUUUGUUAAAUGGUUAAGCUGCUUCGUAAGCGAAACAGAUAUCUUGUCACCAUAUCGUCAAUCAUUGUAUAUCGCUCGCAACACCACAACCUACACCGACUUCCAACGCCAAAUUACAAAAACAUGCAAAAAGUUUAAGACAUGUAACAUCGCUUUGCUGAAAUACCACGUGGCUCUUCGAUCAAAGGAAGAAGAUCUUCCAGUAUUGUCGACAGGACGAGGAUCAAUGCAUGCCUCACAUUUAUAUGAUUCAAUGCACUGCAUCUCAAAAGAACACAUCGUCGUGGGGUCAAUGGAAGUUAAUCAAAGUCGAAGAGAUUGUGGAGGAAUUACACUAUCAAUAACUCCAGCAACAACAACAUCAACACCACAUAUUAAGAUGGCUACACCAUGUCGACAUAGCAUAAAUUAUAAGGACUCUCACAGCGAUGAUUUUUUGUAUAAUAGAUUUUAUUCUUUAGAUAUUCUUAUCAACAUAUCAAAGAAGUAUUUAACGGUUAAAGGUGUAGAACUUGCAGGUAGUACGGCUCGUAAGAAGGCUUGUGGUACACUUUAAUCACUACCUGAUAAUACUGUAGUAUCAACUGCCAUACGAUCAAAUAAUGGACGAAGUAAUACAUCGAGAAAACAGGAUAUUUUAAUUGUUGGGUGUUUAAAGCCAGAAAUAAUUGGUCUUAAGGGUGUACCGGUUUAUCGUAUUAUAUCUCAUUCGAAUAGUCAACAGAUUACAAUUGAUCGAUUACGUCAAGCGAUUGAUGCAAUUAUUGCUAAACAUGCUAUAUUUCGAACAUCAUUAGAUUGGAAUAUAAAUACGAAUGUUUUAGUUCAAUAUAUUCAACAACUUAAUUAUAGAAAUCAAUAUGAAUUUGUAAUUAGUUAUGCUGAAAAUGAUGAAGAAAUAAAAAAAAUAAUUAAUAACGAAAUUACAAGUUCAAAAUUAUUUGAUCUUAAUCGAGGCAUUGUGUUACGAUGUCACAUAAUUAAAUAUAAUUCUACGAGAAAAGAUGAAGAAAUAUGUUUAGAAAAAAAUGAUAUUAUUAUUUUUAAUCUCCAUCAUAUUGCAUUUGAUGGUGCUUCUCGACGAAUUUUUUUUAGUGAUCUUAAAUAUAAUUUAGAAAAUGAUAGUACAUUAUUAAAUAAUGAAAAUCAAUUUCAAUACAUUGACUAUUCAGUUUAUGAAAAACAAAUGGAUAUAAUAUCAUCUUAUCAUUUUUGGCAAUCACAUCUUGAUGGAAUGAAUUUAGAACGUCGUAUUAUUUUACCUUUUGAUCGACAUCGUUUAUUAGCUGAUCAACAUUCAGGUUUUGCUCAUCUUAUUGAUAUUCCAUUUGAUAAUGAUUUAAUAAAUUCAUUUCUUGAUUAUGCUUCUUUACAAGAUAUUACACCAUUUCAAUUAGGUCUUACCAUAUUUUAUACAUUUUUAUAUAAAUUAAGUUAUAAUCAAAAUGAUCUAUGUGUUUCAUGUAUUCAUGCUAAUCGAUACAGAACAGAAUUACAAAAUCUAAUUGGUAUGUUUGUUGCAACAUUACCACAUCGAAUUCAGAUUCAUCCUAAUUAUUCAUUCAAUCAUACUAUCAAACAAGUUCAAAAUCAAUUUUAUUCAAUUCUUGAACAUACACAUUAUCCUCUUCAACAAAUACUUACUGACUUAGAUUAUAAACAUUCAUCUGCUGCUUUUCUCAAUAUAUUAUUUGACUUCAUUACUUAUUCAACUGAUACUGAUCUUCUAUUUGUAAAUCAAACACAAUUUCAACCAGUAUCAUUGAAACAAAUGCAAAAUGUUGUUAAAUUUGAUAUGAAACUAUUAUUUUUUCAUGAUCCAACAGUUAAAAAUCAAACAAUAUCAUGUUCUCUAAUCUGUUCACAAGAUGUAUUUGAUAGCGAAACAGUAGAAGAACUAUCAAAACAAUUUCAACAUCUUCUUUCACAAUUGUUUGUUAAACAUUCAUCGUCAACAAACACAACAUCUUUUGAUUUAGUUAAUCAACCAAUAUCGAAAUUAUCUUUUUGUCGAGAAAAUGAACCUAAAGAAAUACAACAAACAAUCUUUCGCCGAUUACCUAAUAUUAAGAAUGAAGGACCGGCUUCUUAUGCACAAUCUCGUGUGUGGCUUGAUGAGCGAAGUCGAUUCGAUCGAGAUAAACCACAAGUUGCAAUUAAUAAUAUGCCUUUUCUCUAUCGUCUUCAUUCAAAACAUACAUUAUCAACUACACAACUUUACCAUGCACUUCAACUUAUUGUUACAAAACAUCAGUCACUUCGAACAUCAAUUAUUUUCGAUAAUGAAGCAAAUCAAAUCAUACAACGAAUUAUCGAUAUCAAUGAUCGUACUAGAAAACUAUUUACAUUUAUUGAAAGUACUUUCGAAACAGAUGAAGAUCUUAACAAAAUUAUGUGUGAUGAGAAAUGCAAUUCUCAACUUUUUCAUCUUGAUCAAGGUUUUGUUUUUCGAUGCCACAUUCUUUACUAUAAACAAAUUUCUUCAAAUAAUCUUCUUUGUGAUAAAGAUAGAAUUAUUUUUAAUUUUCAUCAUGUUUUAUUCGAUUUUCCAUCAGUGAAAAUAUUUCUUCAUGAUCUCAAUCAAGCAUAUAUAACAAAUCAACUAUCUAUCAAUCAUAAUACUGAUCUACGUUAUCUUGAUUAUGCUCUUAUUGAACAACAAAUGCCAAUGCCUGGUGCAAGUAUGUUUUGGCUUAAUAGUCUUCUUGAUUGUAAUCUUGAUCGAUCUUUAUCAUUACCAUAUGAUCGACAUCGUCUCUCAAAUGAACAUCGAAGUGGCCGUGGAACAUCAAUCUCAUUUGAUUUUGGUCAAGAUCUUUCAUAUGAUUUUCUUAACUAUGCACUAACAAACAACAUAGAACCUCAACAUCUAGCACUUAGUGUUUAUUAUAUGUUCUUAUUUAAGUUAACUAAUGGAGAAAGAGAUAUGUGUAUUGGAAUGAAUACACAUACUCGAUAUAAAGAUGAACUUAAAUCAAUAAUUGGAUUAUAUGAAAAUCUUAUUCCAUUACGAUGUCAAUUAGAUCGUGAUGAUUCAUUUCAUGAACUAGUUGAAUAUGUUCAAGAAAUGGCAACAAAUUGUAUGAAAUAUUCAUGUUUUCCUCUUCAACAUAUUCUUGCACAACAUUCUGAUUGUUCAAAACCUACAUUUCUUGAUGUGUCUUUUGAUUUUGUGACUAUUGAAAAGAAAAUAAUGACUGGUAGUAGUGAACUUUGUAGUAUUCCAUUAUCAAUUACAAUCAAUGAAGAUGAAGAUGUGAGCAAGUUUGAUUUCAUUCUUACUAUUCAAUAUGAUCUUACCAUAAAUCAAUUCUCGUGUAUAAUUAAUGCAUCACUCGAUUUAUUCAAUCAAGAGACAAUAAAUAAGAUUUCACAACAAUUUCAUUCAAUAUUAUAUGAUCUGUUUACAUCUGUUAAUGAUAUAAUGAAAAAUAAAUCAAUCUAUGAAAUGUCAAUAAUGUUAUCAAAUGAAAGAUUACUUAUACAAUCAAUGAGUAAUACACAAGUAUUGUUUCCUUCUGCCACGUGUAUGCAUCAUGAAUUUAUUUAUCAAGUAAUACAAUAUCCACAAAAAAUAGCUGUUGAACUUGAUGAACAAUCAUUAACAUAUACAGAACUUUUACAUUAUGUUCAACAACUUUCUCUCGUCUUAUUAAAUAAAUACAAUGUGAAAUCGGGUGAUAUUAUUUGUCAAUGUGUAGAGCGAAGUUUAUCUAUGGUCAUUGGCAUUUUAUCAAUUAUUAUGGCUGGUGGUGCCUAUUGCCCUUUAUCAUCUCAAGAUCCUUCACCCCGUCUACAAAUUCUUGUGAAAGAAACUCAAAGUCAUUUAGUUCUUGUUCAUUCGUCUACACGCAUUCUUUUUGAAAUCGAUGUUGUAACUUUAAAUAUUGAUACAAUUAUAAAUAAUGAAGAAAACGCUACUAGUAUUUAUCUGAAUCAAAUGUCAGAUGUACUAAUAACAUCAGAAAACAUUCUCUUUGUAAUUUUUACUAGUGGAUCAACUGGUAUUCCGAAAGCGGUUCAAUUACGUCAUCGAAAUUUCACUCAAUUUUUACGGUCAUUUGUUUAUGCUGAUAUAUUAACAAAAACUGAUACAAUAAUACAGAUGGCUCGAUGUUCUUUUGAUAAUCAUCUAUUAAGUCUUGUUGGUACAUUAACUGUUGGAGCUACAUUAAUAAUGCUUCGACCAGAAGGUCAUAUGGAUUUAGAUUAUCUUGCAGCAGUAUUGAAUGAAAAACAGAUUACUGUUAUGCAAGCUGUUCCAUCUUUAUGGAAUAGUCUAUUUAAUUUUCUCAAUACUACUAAUCGAAAAUCGUCAGUACAAUGGUUACGAACUGUAUGUAGUGGUGGUGAAGUUCUCAACAAUAAACUAGUUAAUCUAUUGAAAAGUCAAGUGAGAAGUGAAUGUCGAAUUCGAAAUCAUUAUGGUCCAGCUGAAAUUACUAUUAAUUGUACCAAUCAUCUAAUUGAUCUAAAUAAAGAUCAAACAGAUAUUCCAAUAGGUCAAUCUCUUCUCAAUUAUCAUUUUUUAAUAUUAGACAUGUUCUUACAAACUGUUGGUAUUGGACAAGAAGGAGAAUUAGUUGUUGGAGGUGUUGGUGUUUUUGCUGGAUAUCGCGGUCGUGAUGAUUUAACAGCUCAAGUAAUGAUUAAUAUUAAUGAGCAAAUAUUUUAUAAAACAGGUGAUCUUGUUCAAAUGGAUAGCAAUGGAUUGAUUCAUUAUGUUGGUCGAAGAGAUUUUCAAGUGAAAUUACGUGGACAACGUAUUGAAUUACAAGAAAUUAUACAAUGUUUACUUAUGUUAACAUCUAUCACUGCAUGUGUUGUUAUCAAAUGGGAUGAAAAUCAUCUUAUUGCUUAUGUUCAAAGUGAUAACAUUAAUGUUGAACAAUUACGUCAUCAUUGUCAAUCUAAUCUACCAUCACAUAUGAUUCCAUCAAUAUUUAUUAUACUUGAAAAACUACCUUUGAGUCCAAAUGGAAAACUAGAUCGAAAACGUCUUCCAUCACCGGAUUUAUCAUUAUUGACUCUCUCAUCAUCAUCAUCAAUAACAGGAUUGGAAAACAGAUCUAAUCUUCCACAAAAUCAAUUACAAAAACAGAUUCAUGAUAUUUGGUGUGAAAUUCUUCGAUGUAUUGGACAACAAAUUUCAAUAACUGCAAAUUUCUUUAGUAUUGGUGGUCAUUCACUUUUAUUUAUUGAACUUUAUCAUCGAUAUCAACAAUUAUAUGAUUUUGAUAAUCGUGUACUUUCUAUUUCUUUAUUUCUUCAACAACCAACUAUUCUUCACCAUUCACAAUUACUUCAAUCUAUUACAAUCAAUCAAAUGAAAUCAGAACAUUGGCAUACACUACAUAUCAAUCAAGGAAUUGCAUCUUUUGCUCAAGAACGUAUUUUUCUUGAUGAACAAAUGCGUUUUUCUAACAAAAUUGCUAUCUACAAUGAAUUGACUGCUUUAAAAAUUAUUCAAGGUUCAAUAUCAAUAAAUCGUCUAUUAGAAGCUAUUGAAUAUAUUUUAAAUAAACAUAAAAUAUUACGUACAGUUAUUAGUUUUAACAAUGAUAAUGGUAUUCUUGAACAACAUAUUGAUAAUAAACAUCGUAUAUUUCAACUUGUUCUCAAUCAAACAUUUAAAAAUGAAAAUGAACUUCAAGAUAUUCUCUAUCAAACAAUUAUUAAUCCUAAUUUAUUUGAUUUAACAACUGGUCGUGUUUUUCAUUGUGAAGUACUUCAACAAGAACUCAUAUCUAAUAAUAAUAAUAAUGAUAAUAAUAGAUUCAUUACAGAUUCUGAUAUUCUUCUUAUAGCAUUUCAUCAUGCUGCAACAGAUCGUUCAGCUUAUCAACUUUUUCUAAAUGACCUUUGUUUUGCUUAUAAUACAAAUGUAAAAUGGGCAGGUGACGAAGAUUUAUUACAAUAUAUUGAUUAUUCUGUUCAUGAACGUUUAAUUGAUAUGAAACCAUCACGUGAUUUUUGGCUUCUAGAAUUGAAAGACUAUGAUUUUGAACAUCGAUUAUCAUUAUCGACUGAUCAACAUUGUUUAUCUAAUGAUCAACGAUCUGGUUUUGCUUCAAUUUUUCAGAUUUCUUUUGAUAAAAAUAUUUCUAAAUCAUUUGUUAAUUAUGCUUCGUCACAUCAAACUACUCCAUUUCAAUUAGGUAUGGCAUUAUUUUAUGGUUUUCUAUUCAAAUUAACUCAAGAUCAAAAUGAUUUAUGUAUUUCUUGUCAUAAUGCAAAUCGAUAUAAAACUGAAUUACAAAAUAUGAUGGGAAUGUUUAUUUCAACAUUACCAUAUCGUAUGAAACUUGAUUCUAGUUGGUCAUUUAAUGAACUUGUUAAACAAGUACAAGAUAAAUGUAUAUCAAUUCUUGAACAUUCUCAUUAUCCAUUACAAAAUAUUCUAACGGAUAUUCAUGCUAAUCAAUCUAAUGUUUCUUUUCUUCAAACAGUAUUUGAUUUUAUUACUCGAUCUCCUGAUAUUGAUCAAUUAUCUUUAGAUGAUGCCAAUUUAAAACCAAUUGAAUUAAAACAAUCCAUUGAAAUUGCUAAAUUUGAUUUUGCAUUAACAUUUAUUUAUAAUCCAAUGUCAAAUGAUGAGAUGUUAUCAUGCCGUUUUGUUUGUUCACAUGAUCUAUUCGAAGAUAUGACAGUUACAAAAAUUGCUCGCCGAUUUCAAUAUCUUAUUGAACAACUAUUUUCAAUGGAUUCUAAUAUUAAUCAAACUGAUAUUCUUGUUUCACCUAUUACUAAACUUAUUCUUAUUUUACUAGAGGAAGUUUAUGAAAUGGAACGAAUAGUCUUUUAUCGACAACCAGAUAUUAUAAAUGAAGCACCAGCAUCUUAUGCUCAAGCACGUAUUUGGCUUGAUGAACGAAUUCGUUUUGAUUCAAAAAAUUCACAAGUUGCCAUAUAUAAUAUGCCUUUUCUUCAUCGACUUUCACCAGGUGGUACUCUAUCAAUAUCUAAACUUCGUCAAGCUUUACAACAUGUUCUUAUAAAACAUUCUGCUCUUCGUACAUCACUCUAUUUUGAUACAAAUAAAAAUAUAUUAAUGCAAAAGAUUAUUGAUCAUACUGAUAAUAAAGAAUUAUUUACAUUUAUUGAAAGUACUUUCGAAACAGAUGAAGAUCUCAAUAAAAUUAUGCAUAAUGAACGUGGGAACCCAAAUAAUUUUAAUCUAUUAAUUGGUAUUGUUUGUCGAUGUCAUGUUGUUUAUUAUAAAAACAUUUCUCAAAAAGGAAUACUUUGUGAAAAAGAUGCACUUAUCUUUAAUUUUCAUCAUGCUUUAUUUGAUUUUUCAUCAAUGAAAAUAUUUCAUCAUGAUCUUGAUCAAGCAUAUAGAGUGGAUUACUUGAAAAAUGAUAAUAAUACAACUCUGCGUUAUCUUGAUUAUGCUGUGGCUGAACAACAGAUGCCGAUGACAGCUGCCAAUGCUUUUUGGCUUGAUGCUCUUCGUCAUUGUGAAAUCGAUCGAUCUUUACAAUUACCAUUUGAUCGACAUCGUGUUUCCGAUGAACAUCGCACAGGUCGUGGAACUUCAAUUUUAUUUAAAUUUGACAACGAUCUUUCAAAAGCAUUUCUAACAUAUGCAUCAACAUAUAAUAUUAAACUUGAAUAUUUAGCACUUGCUUCUUAUUAUACAUUCUUAUUUAAAUUAGCCAAUAAUGAAAAUGAUAUAUGUAUUGUUAUGAAUAAUCAUGGUCGUUCGAAACCUGAACUAAUGUCAAUUAUUGGAAUGUUUGUUAAUGCACUUCCAAUGCGAUGUCAAAUUAAUUCUAAUCAUUCAUUCCAUGAAUUUAUAAAACAUGUACAAACAAUAGCAACACAAACAUUCGAACAUUCUUAUUUUCCUCUUCAACGGAUUCUUGCUCAACAUCCACAUAUUUCUCGUCCUACAUUUCUUGAUGUAUUCUUUGGAUUUGUUUCUUUUUCAACUGUACAUAAUCAUGAUGAAGUGACAGUAGGUGGUGUUCCUAUUUAUACUAUGCCUUAUUCAAUUCAAAUAAAUACAGAUGAAAUCGCAAGUAAAUUUGAUUUUUCUCUAAGUAUUAUACAUGAUACAAUAACCGAUCAAUUAUCAUGUUCAAUCGAGGCAUCUCUUGAUUUAUUCAAUCCAUCAACAACAUAUAAAAUUGGACAACGAUUUCAAAUUUUACUUCAACAACUUUUCACAUCAGAUUUCAUAAAUGAAAAUUGUCAAUCGAUUCAUGAAUCUUCAAUACUGUUGUCUAAUGAAAAGAUUCUUCUGGUAUCAAUUAAUAAUACUCAAACUUCAUUUUCUUCAUCUAAUCAUUGUAUACAACAUGAAUUUAUUCAGCAAGUAAAUAAACAAUCACAAAAGAUAGCCAUAGAACUUGAUGAACAAUCUCUUACUUAUAAUGAACUAUUAUAUUAUGCACAAUGUUUAUCCCUUGAAUUUCUAACAAAUUCAAAUUAUAUUCCUGGUAAUGUUGUUUGUCAAUGUAUAGACCGUAGUAUAUCAAUGUUUAUUGGUAUGUUAUCUAUUAUUAUGGCUGGUGGUUCUUAUUGUUCAUUAUCACAUCGAGAUCAUGAACAUCGUCUUCAAUAUCUUAUCGAACAAACUCAAAGUAAUCGAGUUCUAGUAGAUUGGACAACACAAAAUAAAUUCGAAGAGAAAACGAUGAUAAUUAAUAUUAAUACAAUGAUAAUAAAUAAUAAUAAUGAAACAAUCAAUAUAAAUCAUUUAGAUCUAUUUUCAACUUUCACAUUAAACUCGAAAAAUGUUGCUUUUGUAAUCUUUACAAGUGGUUCAACAGGCACACCAAAAGCCGUUCAAAUUAUGCAUUAUAAUUUAUUGAAUUGUAUGUCAUCUUUCAAUGAUCUUGCAAUAUUAACAAAAAAUGAUAUUGUCAUUCAAAUGGCGCAAUGUACAUUCGAUAUUCAUGUUAAAGAAUGUUUAGGUACAUUAUUAGUUGGUGGUUCUGUUAUCCAAUUACAUCCAGAAGGCACAAUGGACUAUGAUUAUUUAUCAAAAAUAGUACAACGAAAUCAUAUUACAUUCUUUAGUGUUGUUCCAUCAGUGAUGACUAUCUUAUAUAAUUAUCUCAUUGAUAAAAAACAAAUGACUCGUCUCAAUACUAUUCGAAAAUUUAUCUUUCUCGGAGAAGCAAUCGAUACGAGAACACUUGCUAAAAUGAUUACCACACUUAAUUUAGAUACGACAGCUUUUUAUAAUUUAUAUGGACCUGCUGAAACUACAAUUAUUUCUAUUCAUCAUCGAGUAACUAUUCAUGAAAUCAAUUAUGGAAUAAUUCCAAUUGGUCUUCCAUUUCCUAAUACUCAAAUACAUUUAUUUGAUAGUUUCAAUCAAUCUGUCAUAGUUGGACAAGAAGGUGAAUUACUUAUAAGUGGUAGUGGUGUGUUUGCUGGUUAUUUAGGUCGUGAAGAUUUAACAAACAAAGCAUUGAUUGAAAUUAAUGAAAAACGUUUUUAUCAAACAGGAGAUCUUGCUCGAAUGGAUAGUAAUGGUUUAGUUUAUUAUCUUGGACGUAAAGAUCAUCAAGUAAAAAUUCAUGGGCAACGAAUUGAAUUAGAUGAAAUUCAACGAUGUUUACUUGAUACUUCGAUUUCAGCUUGUGUUGUAAUUAAAUGGGGUAAUGAUCAUUUGAUUGCAUAUGUUCAAAGUAAUGAUAAUAAUGUGGAAUAUUUGCGUGAUUAUUGUUGUUCUCGAUUACCACCAUUUAUGGUACCUUCCAUGUUCAUUGUUCUUGAACAAUUUCCAUUGAAUGCAAACGGUAAAUUAGAUCGAAAACUUCUUCCUCAACCAAAUUUUUCCUCAUCAUCAAUAAAAACAACAGAUAUACAACAUACAAAUCCAAAUAAUUCAAUCGAAGAAAAACUUUUAUCUAUCUGGUGUGAAAUUCUUCAUCGUAAUAAUAACAAUGAACAAGAUGAAAUUUCAACUUCAGCAAACUUUUUCACUGUUGGUGGACAUUCACUUUUAUUCAUUCAACUUUAUCAUCGUUAUCAAUCAAUAUUUUCUUUUACUAAUGAGUUACUUUCUAUUGCAUUAUUCCUUCAAAAAACAACAAUUAUUGAACAUGCUAAAUUACUUAACUCAGUCAAAUCAACUGAUGUAGUAAUAGAAGAAACAUGGCAAUCACUUCAUUUAAUAAAAGGAAUGGCAUCAUUUGCACAAGAACGUAUCUAUCUUGAUCAACAAGUACGUUUUAUGAAUAAUUUAUCUGUUUAUAAUGAAUUAAUAAUAUUAAAACUUAUAAAUGGUACAUUAUCAAAGAGUCAUCUACAACGAGCUAUUCAAUCAGUAUUAGAAAAACAUCAAAUUCUUCGUACUUGUCUUAUUCUUGACACUGGUGCUGGUACAUUAACACAAUGUGUCACACAAAAUCAUUUAAUGUUUAUGUUUAAUACUGAAAAAACAUUUAAGAAUGAUAAUGAACUUAAUUCAAUCAUUUUUCAAAUAAAAACAAAUCCAAAUCUAUUUAAUUUAUCUAGUGGCCAUGUUUUCUGUUGUGAAAUUCUUCGACAAUAUUCAUCUAUUCAAAAUGAUGAUCUACUUCAAGAAUCAGAUAUACUUGUAUUUGCUUUUCAUCAUGUAGCAUAUGAUCGAGCUUCUAGUGAAAUAUUCUUCGAUGAUCUUAAUAUUGCGUAUGAACAUGAUAAACGAAUUCCUGUCAAUGAAGAUACAUUUCAAUAUAUUGAUUUUGCUGUAUAUGAACGAAAAAUAAAUAUGAAUUUAGCACGUCAAUUUUGGCUUAAACAACUAAAUGGAUAUAAUUCAGAAUCUCAACGACCAUUUUCAAUGGAUCGAUAUCGAAUAGUUAAUGAUCAACGAUCACCUUAUACUGUUCAUAUUGAAUUUUCAUUAGGUGAUAAUCUAUCUCGUUCUUUUCUUUCAUAUGCUUCAACACAUGAAAUUACAUCAUUUCAACUUGGUUUAGCUAUGUUCUAUAUUUUGAUGUUUAAAUUAACGAAUGGUACAACUGAUCUAUGUGCUGCUUGUACAAGUACUAAUCGAUAUAGAUCAGAAUUACGAAAAUUAGUUGGUAUGUUUGUUGCUACUCUUCCUUAUCGUACUGAAAUCAAUCCAUAUAAUUCAUUUGAACAAUUUGCUGAACAAGUUCGAGAAAAAUGUUUUUCAAUUAUUGAACAUUCACAUUAUCCUCUUCAACAUAUUCUUGCUGAUUCUCAACAUUUACAAUCGACUAUGAAUUUUCUUGAAAAUGAAUUUGAUUUUGUUACUCAUUCUCUUGAUACUAAUAAGUUAAAUUUAUGCAAUUCAAAAUUCGAAGUCAAUCCAACUCAAAGUAUAGAUGAUGUAGCUAAAUUUGAUUGGUUAUUGACAUUUGUUUAUAAUCCAUCCGCAGUUCAUGAUAUAAUGUCAAUCGUAUUAGUUUGUUCACAAGAUCUUUUUGAUCAAAAUACAGUGGAUGUUCUUGGUUCUCGAUUUGUACUUUUAUUUCAACAAUUGUUUGAUUCGAAUUUAUUAUCGCAUUCACUUUAUGAUUUAUCAAUUAUUUUACCACAUGAACGAAUAUUAACUGAUCAGUUAAUGAAUAAAAAUACGGAUGGUGAAAGUCAAGGAGUUACUGUUGGUGAUUUAUUUCAACAACAAGUUGAAAAUCAUCCACAAAAACUAGCUGUUCUUCUUGAUGAACAAUCGUUAACAUAUAAUGAAUUAUUAUUUUAUGUACAACAACUUGCUCUUCAAAUAAUCAAUAGAUAUGAUAUUAAAUCUGGUGAUAUCAUUUGUCAAUUGGCAGAACGAAGUUUAUCAAUGAUCAUUGGUUUAUUAUCAAUUGCAAUAAUUGGUGGUGUUUAUUGUCCAUUGUCACCAGAAAAUCCUGAACAACGUCUUGCAAGUCUUGUAGAACGAACACAAGCUCGUCUUAUACUUGUUCAUUCAUUAACAAAUCAAAUAUUUCAAAAUAAUUUUAUUACAUAUGAUAUUGAUACAAGUAUAAAUUGUAAUGAUAAAAUUACGGAUGAUGAUCUUUAUCGAUUAUCAAAUAUUUCAAUAACUCCAGAUAAUAUAUCAUAUAUUGUUUUUACAAGUGGCUCAACAGGAGUACCAAAAGCGGUUCAAGUGAGACAUCGUAAUCUAACUGCUUAUAUGCAAAGUUUUGCUGAAAUGACAACAUUGAAAGAAAGUGACAAUGUGAUACAAAUGGCAAGUUGUUCUUUUGAUAAUCAUUUUCAAGAUACUUUAGCAACAUUAAUGAUUGGUGCUGGUUUAAUUAUGCUACAUCCCCAUGGUAACAAAGAUUUAACUUAUCUUAUUCAUGAAUUAAUAGAUAAAGAUGUGACUUAUUUGGAUGCUGUGCCAACUUAUCUUGAUACGUUAUGUCAACAUCUUGAAAUACAAAAUGAAACUGAAUGUUUAAAGAAAUUGCGAACAUUGUGUAGUGGAGGUGAUGUUUUAACAAAUCAAAUAAUGUCUCGGUUAAAAAAAUAUGUAUCAUUACCAUCAUCACCAUUGUCGUCGGAUGGUUGUCAACUAUGGAAUAUGUAUGGACAAGCAGAAGCCACAAUUACUACAACAUAUUUUCAAAUAGGAUUCGAUUUUGAUUGUGAUAAACAAAUGAUGUCAAUUGGAAAACCACUUCCUAAUUAUCAUUGUGCAAUUAUGGAUGAAUAUUUUCAAUUUGCUGCUGUUAACCAAGAAGGUGAAUUGUUUGUUGGUGGUGCAUGUGUAUUUGCUGGAUAUUUUGGUCGUGAUGAUUUGACGGCAAAAGUAUUGGUUGAGAUUAAUAAUAAUAUAUUUUAUCGAAGUGGUGAUCUUGUUCGAUAUGAUCAUGAAGGUUUUCUUUAUUUCAAAGGUAGAAAAGAUCAUCAAGUAAAAUUACGAGGACAACGUAUUGAAUUAGCUGAAAUUGAGAAAUGUCUUAUGAAUACAUCUUCACUUGUAUCUGCUUGCACCGUUAUUAAAUGGAAUGAACAACAUUUAGUUGCUUAUGUACAAUGUAUUGAUGUUAAUGAAGAAUUAUUACUUCAACAAUGUCGAUCUAAUCUUCCAUCAUAUAUGGUACCAUCAAAAGUCAUUUUACUCGAACGAUUUCCAUUAAAUGCUAAUGGAAAACUUGAUCGAAAGUGUCUUCCUCAACCUGAUUUCUCUUCAUUAACAACUGAUCAUAAUGCUAGUGUACCAAGUACUAUUCUAGAACAACAAUUACAAGAUAUUUUUAGUCAAGCAUUUCAUAUUGAAUCCCCUCCUAUUGAAGUUCCAUUUGGUCAACUUGGUGGAACAUCUUUGAAUGCAAUUCUUGCACUUACAUUAAUUCGACAACAAAUAUGUACUAAUGUUGAUAUUCUUCUAUUAUUUUCUAAUCCAUCUAUACGACAAUUAGCACAAGCCAUCGAACCUUUGUUAAUUCUGAAUGAAUCACAACAUACAAUUAUCACAAGUAAGCAAGAUGAUGAAACACAUAUUCUAUCUUCACCAUCACCUUUAAUCGAAUCUGUUGGUAUUAUACUUCUUAUUUGUCAAUGGGUAUUACCAAUAAUGAUAAUUAUUAAUCGAUGUCAACCAUUUUUAUUCUUUAUUUUACCUAUCUUUCAUCUCAUGUUAUAUGUCAUUUGUUCACGUUUAUUUUCAUUUAAAAAUAAUAAACCUGACAAUAUCUUCUCUUGGAAUUAUUAUCGUUGGUGGUUUUUAGAUCGAUUAUGGGAUAAUAAUAGAUUUUGGUUACAACAUAUAAUUGGUACACCACUUUACAAUAAUUAUCUUCGUGUUUGUGGUGCUAGUGUUAGUCUUGAUGCACAUAUUUAUAGUACAAUUAUGGAUGCUCCAUGGUUAUUAGAUAUUGACGAUGGAACUUGGAUUGCUGAUCAGACAGUUUUUAAUUGUUUACAUUUUAAUAAUGAUAAUAAUACUUUUCAAUUAUAUCCAAUUAGAAUUGCUUCGAAUUGUUCUAUUGGUACACGAACAAUUUUAUAUGAUGGAGUUAAUAUAGAAAAAAAUGUUAUUAUACAACCAAUGUCAUCAGUUAAUGGUUUUGUUGCAUCUCAAACGAUUAUUGAUGGUGAUGAUGAUAAAUCUUCUUCUACAAAUACAUUCAUGACAUACAAUAAUAGAUCAUUAUCAAUAUGGCAUAAGAUCUUUCAAGUUAUUGCACUUUCCUUACUGAUCUGUAUACAUUCAAUACUUCUGAUCAUCAUUUACAAAGUUUAUUCGAUUGUACAAAUACCAUUACCUAUUAGUGUUGCUUUUUGUUGGACAUUAUGGUCAAUUCUUGGUUGUCUUGUUUCUGUUCUUCUUUUGAAAUUUAUAGUUGGUUCUUGUGCUGCUGGCGAGACAUAUCCAAUUGCAUCAUGGUCAUAUCUACAUAAGUUAUGGCUUCGUCAAUUAGUUGUAUCUGGUUUUCAUCAUGCAUGGUUACUACCAAAUAGUUAUGAUCAUAUUUAUCCUAUUGUACUUCGUUGGUUAGGUGCUCAUAUUGAAGAUAAUGUUAAAAUCGGUGAAAUACAUACAUUCUUGUCUUAUCCAACAAAUUUAUUACAUUUUGAAACAGGAGUGACUACUUUUGGUUCAGUAUUAUUAAUUCCAACUGAGUUGACACUUUCAGGUGAUCAUUGUGUAGAUCAUAUAACACUUGGAUCUUAUACAAGUCUUGGUAAUGGAUGUUCAAUUUUACCGGGUAGUCAUCUUGCAUCUGAGAUAAUGAUUGGUAAUUUAACACGUGUUUCUCGAGAAACGAAAAGCAACGAUAGAGAAGUUUUUAUUGGUGUUCCAGCUCGUGCCAUGCCAUUCAAAAUGCCUUCAAGAUCAACAACUACAACAACAGCAGAUCAAAUGAAAAUCAUCCCUCCUUGGCAUAUGUGUUUUACUCAUUUCAUUAGUAAAUCUCUUCUCUUAACCCUCUGUUCAUUAACUGGCGUCGUUGGUAUGUUAAUUAUUCAUACAAUACUUAUUUGUAUUACCUAUCGAUAUUGCUCAGACAUACGCUAUUCACUAGUGCAACAGAUAAUAUCAAGACUAAGAGAAGAUCAUCGACAAUUUAUUUGUCCAUUUCUUGGUAAUACACAAUGGUUAAUUAGUUUAUUUCGUACACUUGGUGCACGCAUUGGUAAAGGUGUAAUCAUACCUGAUUUUUCUUGUCUGACUGAUUAUCAUCUAUGUCACACUUUCGAACAGCGUAUUUUAAAACUAGUUCCUGUUACAGUAGGCAACUCGUGUAUACUUAUGAGUGGGUCAAUUGUAAUGCCAGGUUGUAAAUUAAUGGGUAACAAUAGACUUUAUCCAUUUACAUUGGUAAUGAAAAAUGAUAUCUUACUACCAAAUACUCAAUGGAAAGGACUUCCUGCAAAACUUUUGACAACAGAAACGACAUCAUCUCAAUCUAUAUUGGUCCUUGCACACGUAUUACUUACAAAUCAGAAUGUACUUGAAGUGAGUUGUGGUAGAGGUGCUGGUGCUGUUUGGUGCGUCCAUAAUUAUGCAUCUGGUUCUUAUGUGGGAGCUGAUCUUUCUUCCACUGUUAUUGAUGUAUGUCGGCAACGCCAUUCGAUGAUUUCUCGACUUUCUUUCGUAGUAGCUGAUACAACAAAAUAUUUACCAUUUGAAAAUGAAUCACUUGAUAUUGUUCUUUGUGUUGAAGCAACACAUGCUUAUGGUGGACCAGCAGCAGUACAACGAUUCGCUAGUGAAGUCGCUCGUGUACUUCGUCCAAAUGGAUAUUUUCUUUGGUGUGACUUAUGUCACAUAGAUGGAUCAGACACAUCCAUUGAUUAUUUAACAGCAAAUGGUGAAUUGAUUGUUGAAGAAAAGAUCAAUAUUACAAGGAACGUUCUCCAUGCACUUGACAUUCAAAGCAACAUUCGUGCUGAAUUUAUUGAACGUUAUGUUCGACCAAAAGAACAAGAAUAUUUUCGUUUGUUUGCUGGAUUACCUGGUACUCGUAUGUACAAUGGCAUAGUUACUAAAUCUAACGAUCAAGAGCAAUCAAACAAACAAAAUCUCUUUCAACGAUUCUGUGGAAAAAAAACGGAUAAAAAAGUUACUGAGGUUUUCCGAUAUGCUACAAAACUCGAUAUACUCUAUAUGUUAAUUGGUACUGUAGCUGGUGUCACUCGUGGUGCUCUUCUACCAUUAAUGAAUGUUGUAUUGGGAGGUGUUUUAAAUGCAUUUACUGGUCGAGCAUCUGAUUUAUGUACACUGAACUUUACAUCUACGGCUCUUGAACAUUGUCCAACAGGUUAUCAAUUAACAUCAUCGAAUUAUCUUUCAUCAUCAUUUAUUUGUAAUUUCACCAUGACUAAUGGUACUGCAAAUGAUUUUCAAGGUAUAAUAAGAACACAAGUCAAUUAUUUAGUUGUAAUUGGUUGUGUUGCUAUUAUAUCUGAAUAUAUUCAAGUAGCAUUUUGGAGUAUGCCAGCUGAAAGACAAACAAGGACUAUAAGAGAAAAUUUAUUUCGGUCAAUUCUUCGAAAAGAAAUUAUUUAUUUUGAUACACAUAAAACUGGGGAACUUAACAUAAAAUUAACAGAUGAUAUAGAUAAAAUUCAUGAUGGAAUUGGAGAUAAACUUGGAUCAGCAUCACAGUUUUUAUCUUCAUGUAUUACGGGAGUAAUUGUUGGUUUUGCUAAAGGAUGGAAACUAACAUUAGUUAUGUUAUCCAUAUCUCCUUUAUUAUUUUUGUCAGCUGUUCUCAUGUCUCAAGUUGCUUCUAGUCUUACAGCAAUGGAAUUAAAAUCUUAUGGUAAAGCAGGAACAGUAGCAGAAGAAGUAUUUAGUUCAAUUCGUACUGUUUUUUCGUAUAAUGGUCAAAAACGUGAAACGAAAAGAUAUGAACAAUAUCUUGAGGAUGCAAAGAGAAGUGGGAUAAAAAAAGGUGGAGUCAAUGGAUUUACAAUGGGUUUGGUAUGGUUCCUUAUAUAUUGCUCAUAUGCAUUAGGACUUUGGUAUGGAGCAAAAUUAAUUCGUGAUGAAAAUUAUAAUAUUGGUAAUGUCAUUAUUGUAUUUUUUUCAAUCGUUAAUGCUGUGUUCAACUUGGGUCAAACAAGUCCACAUUUUCAAGCAUUACUUCAAGCUCGAGUUGCUGCUUAUAUUGUAUGGGAGGUUAUUGAUGCACCAUCUAAAAUUAUUAGCGAUUCAGAAACAGGUUUAAAAAAAGAUGAUCUUAUUGGUGAUAUUGAAUUUUCAAAAGUUCAAUUUUCUUAUUCAUCACGACCUGGUGUUCAAAUUCUUAAUAAUAUGUCAUUUGAUGUUCAACGUGGUCAAACAAUAGCUCUUGUUGGAUCAUCUGGAUCAGGAAAAUCUACAUGUAUACAAUUGUUACAAAGAUUCUAUGAUAUAGAUGCAGGUACAGUUCGUAUUGAUGGACAUGAUGUAACGGAAUAUAAUUUAAAAUGGUUAAGACAACAUAUUGGUGUUGUCAGCCAAGAACCAGUUUUAUUUCAAGCAACAAUUCGAGAAAAUAUCUUAUUUGGAAGAGAUAUAGCAACAGAUGUUGAAAUACACGAAGCAGCAAAAAUCGCUAAUGCACAUGAUUUUAUUAUGACUUUACCUGAUAAAUAUGAAACCCAAGUAGGUGAACGUGGUGCUGCACUAUCUGGUGGACAAAAACAACGAAUUGCUAUUGCUCGAGCAUUGAUUCGAGAUCCAAAAAUUUUACUUCUUGAUGAAGCUACAAGUGCACUUGAUAAUGAAAGUGAAAAAAUUGUUCAAGAUGCUUUAGAUCGUGCUGCUCAAGGUCGAACAACAUUAGUAAUUGCACAUCGUUUAUCAACAAUUCGUAAUGCUGAUAAAAUUGUUGUUAUGCAUAAAGGUGAAGUUGUUGAAGAAGGUGAUCAUGAAUCAUUGAUGGAUGCUCGUGGUACAUAUUAUAGUCUUGUUGAACAACAAAAUUUACGUCGAGCUGAAGAAGAAGAACAAUUAGCAUUCGAAAAAAAAGAAAUUACCGAAUUAGUUUUAGCUCAUACCGAAGAAAUUCAAACAACUACAACUCGAAAUCGAGCUUCAACUGUUGUUAGUUUAACUCCAUCAGUUAUGGCUGCAUUAUAUGGGAAAAACAAAGUUGGAACAACUGAUGAUAAUGAUAAUGAUGACGAUAAAGAGAAAAAAGAAAAAAAGCCUAGUGUUGCUCUUAUAAUGCUUAAGAUGAACAAACCAGAAUGGAUAUUCAUAGCAAUUGGUUGUAUGGCAUGUAUAGUUACUGGUGGUAUUGAACCGAAAAAUAUUUAUUUUUAUUUAAUAAAACAAAAACAGGUUUUUCAAGACUGUGAUAAAGAAGUUCAAAAACAUCGAGUAUUACUCUAUAUACUUUUAUUUAUUGGUUUUGGUAUUAUAUUAUUAUUUUCAAUGUUUCUUCAAGGAUUUUUAUUGGCAUGUUCGGGUGAAGCUUUAACAAAAAGAUUACGUGCACAAGCAUUUCGGUGUUUACUUCGUCAAGAAAUAUCUUAUUUUGAUAAUCCUAAAAAUAAUACAGGAGCAUUAUGUACACGUUUAGCAACAGAAGCAUCAGCUGUUCAAGGAGCUACCGGUAUUCGUAUUGGAACAACACUACAAAAUAUAGCUGCACUUGGUACCGGUAUUAUACUUAGUUUUGUAUUUUCUUGGCAAUUAACAUUACUUAUGCUUGGAUUUGUUCCAUUAAUGGUGGUUGGAGGUGUUUUACGAAGUCGGUUAAUGACUGGAUUUGCUAGUAAAGAUAAAGAAACACAUGAAAAUGCUGGAAAGGUAGCAAUAGAAUCUAUACAAAAUAUUCAGACAGUUGUACAAUUAACAAAAGAAGAUUAUUUUUUUGAAGAAUAUCGUAGAUAUAUUCAAAUUCCUUACCGAUCAUCUAUAAAACAAGGACAUCUUCUUGGUUUAUGUUUUGCAUUAACAAAUUCGGUUAUGUUCUUUAAUUUAGCAGCAUUGUUUCGAUUAGCUGCUUAUUUAGUACAAGACGGUGCAAUUACAUUUGAAGAUGGUUUAUUAGUUUUUUUUUGUAUUACAUUCAGUGCACAAAGUGUUGGAAAAGCAGCAUCAAUGUCACCAGAUUAUACAAAAGCUGUUGAAUCUGCUAAAAAUAUUUUAGAGUUAUUAAAUCGAAAACCAGCGGUUGAUAAUAGUUCAGCGGAUGGUGAAGAAAUCCCAAAUUUUACUGGACAACUUGAUUUUGAAGGAAUACAUUUUAUAUAUCCAAAUAGGCCUGAAUCAAUUAUUCUUAGAAAUUUUAAAUUAAAAAUUCAACCUGGUCAACAAGUGGCAUUUGUGGGUACAUCUGGUUGUGGAAAAUCAACGACUAUUCAAUUAGUCGAACGUUUUUAUGAUGCAAAUGUUGGUCGAAUAUUAGCUGAUUCCAAAGAUAUACGAGCUCUUAAUCUACAAUGGUAUCGACAACAAAUUGGUUUUGUUUCUCAAGAACCAAUUUUAUUUGAUAUGUCAAUUAAAGAUAAUAUUGCUUAUGGUGAUAAUAGUCGAGAUGAUAUUCCAAUGGAAGAAAUUAUAAAAGUAGCUGAAAGUGCUAAUAUACAUGAUUUUAUUCAACGUUUACCUGAAGGAUAUGAUACAAAUUGUGGUGCAAAAGGUACUCAACUAUCUGGUGGACAAAAACAACGAAUUGCAAUUGCUCGAGCAUUACUUCGAGAUCCAAAAAUUCUAUUACUUGAUGAAGCAACAAGUGCAUUGGAUAGUGAAAGUGAAAGAAUAGUUCAAGAUGCAUUAGAUAAAGCUCAAGAAAAUCGAACAUCCAUAACAAUAGCUCAUCGUUUAUCAACAAUACAGAAUGCAGAUAUGAUUUGUGUUUUACAUAAUGGUGUUAUAGUUGAAAGUGGUACCAAUCAAGAAUUACUUGCUCUCGGUGGUCGAUAUUAUCGUUUAGCAUUGGGAAAACUUAAAUAA